AUGGGGCUUCCGCGCCCCUGCUGUGGGUGGCGGGGCCGCCUGGAACACGGGAUGGGGAGACCCGCAAGCCUGGCGGCUCUUUUCCGGCUGAGCCGAGGCCAGGGCAGGCUCAGCUGGUCCCUGAGCUUGCUGAAUGAGACAAAGGCUGAGCCGAAAGCACGGGGUGGGGGCGGCCCAGCAGAGGCUCCAUCCAGGAGGUCAUACCUGCUGCCCGGGGGUCUGUGGGUCACCACCUUGCAGGACGAGAGCCUUUGUGACUCUGUCUGUCCCAGACUGGCACCUGCUUCCCAGAGGGUCACCGGGGCCCACGUGCCCCGUCGUCUCCUCCGAGGCCGGAGCGCACCUGCCUGCCCCGUGGCCAUGUCACGAAGGGGCCCAGAAGGUCCUGGUCCAGAUCGGACUGUUGAACAUGGGGAGGGAGUUGGCCAAGCCUGCUGCCGGGUCUGCUCCGUCGACCCUCGUCUUGGACUCCAAGCCCAGGCUGAACCUGCGAGGAUGCCCAGCCCGGCCUGGCCUUCCCAGGCUGUGUUUCCUGAAGUCGGAGACUCACGCACCCUGAGCCCGGGGCCAGCACCGGGGGCCACAGACCCGCAGGCAGACCAGACCUGUGUGAGCUCGGGGGCGGAGAGAAACCGGAACUGCGGCUUGCCUGUGGGGAAGACCUACCUGGAACUGAACGAAUGGCCAGUGCCCCCGCUGUAA